CUAGAUCUUCUUCCAAUCCCUCCCUAAACACAGUCCCCCAGAGAUGUCCCUGUGCCUCCAGAGGGGAGUCUGAGCACACCCAGGGGAUGUCUGGCCAGGGUGUCCUGGCCCUACCAACCCUCCAUCCCCAAUCCUGAACUGAAAAAAAAGGGGGGUGGCAUAUAGAGAUGAAGGAGGCAGCAGUAGGGCAAAACCCACAAAAUUGUUAAUAUAGGUAGGUGAGGCUAGAAUUUCUACACUCCGUCCCUCCCAAAGGCCCAUAGUGUUCCUGUAUGAACUGGAAGCCUGAUACCUGACUUUGUACAGUUCUGUGAGGACGUUUGGCAGCCGUUAAUACCCUUCUGUAACUGGCUUUCUCCCAUUACAACAAGUGGUUUGCAAAGACCCAAAACCAAAUCUGAUGGUGUGGUAAGGUAACGAGACGUUAUUGUACGCUGAGAGCUGUGGCAGCGGACAAGAGGCUCUGCAGUUCGAACACCGCAGAGGCCUGACCUGAAGUUACCCAUAGCUUUGCCCUCCAGCGGAGACUCGGAGAGCAGCUCGGCAGCCCUCCGUCCUCCAAGGGACGCAGAAGCCUGCAUGAAACCGAACCCGCUGCCCUCGGCCAGGCCUCGGCCAGCAGGGAGCGUGGCAGCGCUACGGACCCAAGAGGAGCGCAGAGAAAGCCGGCUCACCCUGCCUAACGCCAGAGCCGGCACCUGGCAUCGCACCUCCGCCGCCGGGGCGCGGGCGGGCGGCUGAAGGAGAGGGCGGCACCGCUCCCGCCCCCCCCCCGGCUCUCGUUUGCCAGGCGCGCCCCCCCGUACCCAGCGCGCAGCCGCACUGCUUCAAAACAGUUUGUUGCUCACGUCGGAGAAGCCGCUUCCGUUUCCAACGCCGCAUUCCGGCCACACCUGCCUGUGCCGGAGCCCCGGCUCGCUCCGCUACCCUACCCGCCCGAGAAGGACCCCGCGCUCCGCCGCCCCAGCAAGCCAUGUCCGCCGAGGAUUAUGUAUCAGUGAAUGUUGAGGAUGAUGUUGAAGCAGUGAUUAUUGACCAUGGAGAAAAUGGACUAUCCACACAAAGCUGCAUGUCAAUGGAACAAAACUCUGAAGUAAACAGUGCUGUUCACAAUGUGGCUCAACUUGCUUAUGGAAGCGAAGGCUUAUCAGUGCUAGCUGAACAAGUGGCAUCACAAAUGAGCCAUUCUGCAAGUAUGCAGAGAGGAAAUGGUCACAGCCCUGAAAAAAUGGAUUUUGUGUUUUUGCAUAAUAAAAGAAAACGACUUGCCCCUACUCUAGUGGGACAGAAUGUGAUGAGAACCGGGGAAGGAGAAUAUGAAGAUAGUGACAGUGUCGUUUAUGAGUAUGAACCAGACUAUGAAUGUGGGAGUAUUGUAUCUGAAGCUUCGUACACUGGAGAUCACCAGAAAACUCUUAUGGAGGUCCUCAGUUAUUGCCAGGCCAUGUAUGAUGCCAUUCAGAAAUUGGAUAAAAAAUUUGACCUGCUUCAUCGGAAGGUCUCAGAAAUGCAGCAUACUCGUGUAAAGCCACUGUUACUUAAACCUAAACCAGUUGGAUUUACAUACAGAAGUUCCAGUCAUUUGCCCCAAGGAAAAAUAAGAGUACAAAAAUCCAUGGAAAGGGAGUCAAGUCUUCAUCUCUCUUCACCAGGCCAGGGAAGGCAUAGCCCAGUCAUAAGGGUUGCUUUACAAAAUGGCCAUGUUCAGGUCAACUCCACCAUAAAACACGUUCAACAGAGUCUUCAGCUUGAAUCACAGCAGCCUGUUUGUAGGCAGAGCCCACCACUCCCCACUAUAGUUUCUACACAUUCAUUGCAUUCAUCAUACCCAGCAACUAACAGGAUGCCUGACCUUUCCACAACACUGGCUACAAAAUUUGAUUGUGGAGAAAGUACUGCCAACAUUGCAUCUUCACCAGUGGCAUCAUCAUCGAUGCCAGCACCAUCUGAGACCAGUUUGGGAAAUAAUACUGUGGUGGUGAGCUACAGAAAUGCAUCUGGGAGUGUGAACAUCAGUGAAGAACUACCAUCUUCUUCAGUCUCCAUCAAUCCUAGCUUUGAGUUUGUUGGUGACCCAGUGAGAAAUGUAAAAGUUCUUGGAAACUAUUUGAUGAAAGCUCGGCAAAAGACUAAACCAAAGUAUGCAGCACGCUAUUUAGUUCGUGUCUUGUUCCCCAAGGAAACAUUGUUGUGCAGCAUUAUGGGAGUGAGUGCACGAGGGCGCAGAACACUGGAUCCAAACAAAAUUGCUGCAAUAAGAGAGUUUCUUGCAACUACCUUUCCAAACUAUGAUUUGAGCGAGCAUGGAAAAGACUGGAAAACCUGUAUCACAAAUGUCAAUGCUAUGAUCCACUGUUUGCGCUGUGAAACAAAAAUAAACCCAGAGACAGCUGAAGGGAAAGAAAAAGUGGCUGACGCUCCAGAUACAUCUCACUGCGUAGAUUUAAAUUAUAGUGAAGAUAGUGAAGGCAAUUCUCAAAACUCUCAGAAAGUGACCAUCUGUACAACUGAUGCAUCGCAGAAUUCAGGAUUGGAUAAGUUUCCAGAAGCUUUCCACACACCUUCAGUCAAGAAACCACAGUCUUUGGAACCUAUGGAACUUCUUGGGAGUCCAUGGCGCAAUGUUCAGUUGCCUUUCUCAGUCAUUUAUGUAGCUAAGGGGAAGUCUCGGCCGGAGUUGUCAGCUCGGUACCUAAUUCGUCACAUGUUCACUGAAGAUGUGCUGGUAAAAAGCAACGUAUAUGGUAAUCUUGAACGUGGCAUGAGCCCAUUGGACUGCAACAGAAUUAAUGCUCUCAGAGACUUUCUUCAAGAGAAUUAUCCAUCCUUUGAUCUAAAGGAAACUGGAUAUGAUUGGAAGGCAUGCGUGGCUGCCAUAAACAGCACAAUCCGCAGUCUGAGACAUGACCAUAAAAAGGCUACAGUUGGAAUCCGCCGGAAAGUCUUGGCAGUGCCAUCAUUGAGUGCAAAGAGUCCUCCACAGAGUCCCACUUCAGUAAAACCAUUUGAAAGUGACACUAUCAAUCUCAUGGACUGAAGCUCUCUAACAUCUGUCUCAAAUCUUAAUUUAGCAGGUUUUUAUAAAUCCCAACUAGAAGCAUAUUACAUUGAAUUUUCCUAUUAUAUUGAGUUGUCUGCAGCACUAAAUAGUAUUAAUUCGUGAGACCAAACUUAGCAGAAGACUUGGGAACCCUAAUUCCUUGUCUAAGUAAAAUUUGUGCUCCUCAGAAAUUACUUCCACUGUUCCUGUAGCAUUUGUGAUGCGAUUUCUCGCAAAAGCACCUUCUCAUCAUUCAUUGUCUCUGAAAGAUUAAUCUGAUUAGAAAAGAUGCACUGCACAUCAAGUCAGCAGAAACAGAUAGAAACGUGGAGAGGAAAGAAUGGUCCUCCUUGGAGGAAGACUUGCAGCCAGCUAAAUUGUCUCGUUAUGUGUGAGGAAUUAAAUCUGCUUUGACAAUUGGAUAUUUUAAGCAAAAAUAUCUGAUGCAGAAAGGAAAAAGAAUUUUUUUUAAUUGUAUCUAGUUAAUCUGUUAUCUCUCACUUUUUUUGCCUCCUAUAGCAGUCUUUGUUGUAGGAUAAGGAAAGAGGCAGAAAACAAUGUAAGUACAAUUGGUAAUACUUUCUUUGCUCUGAUUUACCUCUACAAAAGCACAAAAACACAAAAACAUGCGGAACAAACAGUCCAAUGAUUGGUUCUGGUUUUUCUUAAUGAAAAUUAAAGAAAAUAAUUUCUUCGGGGGCUUGGUCUGCUGUUCAGUGGCAUGUGUCUCAUCCACUGGUGUGGAUGUCCACAAGAUGCAAAUCUGCUGCAACUUGCAUCUAGAGGAUUUGGAUCCUGAUUCAGAUUUUAGAAAUGGUAAUUUCUAUCAGCUUCAAGUCAUUGGUCCCUCAGUUAAAACUGAGGAUGUGUGCUGUACUGUUGGUAUGCAAUCAGAGAUGACCAGCGCUGGUGGUAUGCCUUCCCAAGCUCAUAAUCAUAGCUUUUAAUACUCAGGUCUACAAGGCUAGGAAUGUUUAUGUGCAGUGAUUAUCUGCAGAGUCACAGACUAGUCGAGGUUGGAAGGGACCUCUGGAUGUCAUCUAGUCCUCUCCUCCUGCUCAGUCAGGGCCACCUAGAGCCAGUAGUCCACGACCAUGUCCAGACAGCUUUUGAAUAUCUCUAAGGAUGAAGACUCCACGACCUUCCUGGGCAAACUGCGCAAGGGCUCAGUCACUGUCACAGUAAAAAAACUGUUUCCUGAUGUUCAGAUGGAACCUCCCGUGUUUCAGUUUGUGCCCAUUUCCCAGUGACAGGACCAGAGGCACCACUGAGAAGAGCCUGGUGCCGUCCUUUUUCCUCCAUCCUCUUUGCAACUUACCCUCAACUAUUCAUAUACAUUGAUGAGAUCACCCUUGAGCCUUUUCUUUUCCAGGCUGAACAGUCGCAGCUCUCUCAGCCUUUCCUCGCAGGAGAGAUGCUCCCAUCCCUUCAUCAUCUUCAUGGCCCUUUACUGGACUCUCUCCACCAUGUCUGCGCCUCUGUUGUACUGGGGAGCCCAGAGCUGGACCCAGCACUCCAGGUGUGGCCUCACCAGUGCUGAGGAGAGGGGAGGGCUCACCUCCCUCCACCUGCUGGCAAUACUUUGCCUAAUGCAGCCCAGGGCACCAUUAGGCAACUUUUCUGGCAAGGGCACGUUGCUGGCUCACAGUCAACUUGGUGUCCACCAGCACAACCCAGGUAUACUCUGCCCCAUCAUACAGAUCAUUAAUGAAGAUGUUAAACAGGAUCAGACCCAAUAGUGACCCCUGAGGUACUCCAGUAGUCACCAGCCUCCAACUAGCCUUGGUGCUGCUGAUCACCACCCUCUGGGCCCAGCCAUUCAGCCAGUUUCCAAUCCACGUCACUGUCCGCUCACCCAGCCCGUACAUCAACAGCUUGUCCCUGAGGAUCUUAUGGAAGACAGUGUUGAAGGCCUUCCUCAAGUCCAGGCAGAUAAUAUCUACUGCUCUCCUCAUCUACCAGGCCAGUCACUUUAUCGUAGAAGUUCAUGGAGUUGGACAAGCAUGACCCCCCCUUGGUGAAGCCAUGCUGUGACAACUACUUGAUGAUUUUCUUGUCCUUCGUCUGCUUGGAAAUGGUUUCCAGCAUUGGCUGUUCCAUCACCUUCCCAGGGAUGGAUGUGAGGCUGACUGGCCUGUAGUUCCCUGGGUCCUUCUCCUUGCCCUCCUUCAGGAUAGGAGUGACAUCUGCUUUUGUCCAGUCUUCGGGCACUUCUCCCGUUCGCCUUGAUUGAUCCAAGGUGAUCAAGAGUGGCCUCGCAAUGACAUCAGCCAGCUCCCUCAGCACUUACGGGUGCACCUUGGGCUUAACGUAUGUCCAGUUUGUUUGAGCGUUCCUUGGCCAGAUUCUCUGCCACCCGGUGUCUGUCUUCCUUGCUCCGGCCUUUCUCCCUGGUCUCUGGGAUUCCUGAAGGUCGCUCUUGCUAGUAAAGGCUGGGGCAAAGGUGGCAUUGAAUGCCUCAGCCUUUUCUGUGUCCUGUGUCACCAGGUCCCCUGUCUUCAUUCAGCAGUGGGCCCACAUUUUUCCCUAGCCUUCCUUUUGUCACUUAUGUACUUACAGAAGCCCUUCUUCUUGUCUCUGACAUCCCUGGACACAUUCAAUUCCAGUUGGGCUGUAGGUUUCCUAACUUCAUCCCUGGAUGCUCAGACAAUGUCACUGUAUUCCUCCCAGGUUACUUGUGCUUUCUUCCACCCUCUGCAUGCUUCCUUUUUGUGUUUGAGUUUGUCCAGAAGCUCCUUGUUCAUCCACCCAGGCCUCCUGGCAUUUUUGCCUUCUCGUUCGUUGAGGUGCAUCUCUCUGGAGCUUGGAGGUGAUCCUUGAAUUUUAACCAACUUUCUUGGGCUCAUCUUCUCUCCAUGGCCCUAAUCCCAUAGGAUUCUUCUUAGCAGAUCUUCGUGGAGACCAAAGUCUGCUCUCGAAGUCCUGGAUUGUGAGCCUGCUUUUUACCUUCCUUCCUCCUCUCAGGAGCCUGAAUUCCACUGUCUCAUGGUCAUUGCAGCUAAGGCUGCUUUUGACCUUCACAUUCCCAACAAGCCCCUUGUUGUAGGUGUGUAUGAGGUCCAGCAAAGCACCUCUCCUCGUUGGCUCCUUUAUCACUUGGAGGAAGAAGUUAUUGUCAAUGAGACAUUCAUGUCUCUGCCUUUCUUUUCUGUCCGCACAACGCUAACAUUUAUUGGUGCACUGAAUUAUAUAUUUAAAAAAAAACCAAAACCCCAACAACUCCCAAAUACUGUAAACAAACUAAUUUUGAAAACUACUUGGAUGUUGAACUCAUGAAAAUAAAUUAAAAGGAGUGACUAUACGUAUUCAACUUCACAUCCCCCUCAGUUUCAUUUGUAAGUUGAAAUUCAACGGCAGUAACUGUACAGAAGUUAAUGGCUUUUUUUUUUUGUUGGGCUCUUUUGUUUGAGGUUUUUAUUGGGGUUUUUGUUUUCAUUUGGGGUUUUCUUGUUUUGUUUGUUUUCAAAAGAGGAAGUAUUCAGUAUAUGCCUUUCUGUUACUUGUUUUUCCAGCAUCAGUCACACAGUCCUCUCACUGUUUCAGUAUCGGCUAACUGGUGCGUGCACUUGCCUUGCUACUUGCAUUUGUUUGAGUGCAGAAAGAAGCUUCUCAGAAAGCUGACACAGGGAACAAGUUUCACCUCUGAAAGCUGAUGCAGCUGUGGCUUCCAAAACUAUGCCUGUAUAGGUAGCAGAACAAGAUUUACCUAAAUCUGUCAUCUCCAAGGCAAAGGUUUCAUGGCUUGGGGUUUUUUUUGUUGGCAAUAGGAUAAAAUAGUGCAAUUCCUUGUUCUCACUUUACAGUCUAUUCCUAACAAACAGGCAGUGUUUAUUAUAUCAGUAUAGGAUCAGCUUUUUUAUUGCAAGUUAGGAUAUGCAAUGGCCUUAUCAGAUUAGUAAUUUUAAGUUUCCCCUUCCACCUCUUGCAGAACUCUUCUGUAGGAUUUAAGAAAUAGGCUGAAUUUCUGAAAUAUUUUAAUACAAAUGUUGUACUGCAAACUUGGUUCUUCUGGUUUACUACUAGCAAAUUCUGCUGUUACUGUUCUAUACAAUGAUUCUUGUAAAUGCUGAGAACUUUGUUGUGUGUAGAUAUUACUAGUUCCAGACCUCAGAAAAAGCCAAAAAUGCUUAUAUUUUUUCAGUAGUUUUAUGAAACUUUUUCACUGUCCUUCACAGAUUUUAAUGGUAGAAUGAUAUAUUUAUUGAAUGACCUGUCUGGCACUGAAAUCUGUUAGUGUGGUGCAUACCUAUAGCUUCCAUAUUGAAAAGAGAAUUGUAUAAUGGAAUAAAAGUAGAAAUAGUUUUCUUGUUUCUGUUUCAAAUGUAUCAAUUUUUGCUAACUUUUAUAAAAUAAAAUUACAGUAUUUUGCUGUUAGGAAUAAAGUAUUUUACAAAUAAAACUAGCAUAUAGCUCCUUGAC